AUGGCGAACAAUUACAAGUUUGCGAAUCAAGUGCGAGAGCGUUACAAACGAUCGGUGCGCUUAGCCCAGAAACGCGAGACAGUGUUCGAACGGAAAUACUAUAAGAUCCGCCUGAAGAAACGUUCUAAGCUGAAGGCCGCCAUCGCGGACAUCCGCAAGAAGUCAUCUGUCCAACCCCAGGAGAUGCCAUCCGUUCAAGACCUCAGGGGAAAGGACUAUAACCUCAUCUCUAUCACCCCACAUGCGAAAGAACAUCUGGCCAUGUUCAUGUAUGGCAGUGAGCUCAGCCUGGAGAAAUGUCACACUAGGGGGUAUACACGGACACAUCUGGAUGCUCAUUUGACGCUUGGUAACAGAGUGAUGUCUGGUACGGGUGGCAAGCCCUUCCUCGGCCCCAGUGAAGAUGGGAAGAUGGUCGUUCCAAUGAAGUCGUACCACGAUCUGAAGGUCACGUUCCACAGCAUAGACUAUAUUGAGGUCGAGAUUCCGAUGAGCAUCAUCCGCAGCUAUCAAUGGAUCUUACCCGAGAGGGAAGGGGGACCCCGUCAAUUCCCGAGAGAUAGAGGAACGCCUAAGCCUGUUGAUGGCGGAUCCGGUGUGCCUGCGUACCUGACCUUUUACGGGGUUAGAAGCACUCGGAAACGGGAUGCAGAGAACGAAAGGGAGAAGGAUCGGCUGGAAAGAUUACCUCCACCUCCACCGCCACCAUCGCCUUGA